AUGGCUCAACAGGGAGUUCUGCUGGACCAGGACCAGUUCUGUUGUUCUGUCUGUCUGGAUCUACUGAAGGAACCAGUCACCAUCCCCUGUGGACACAGUUACUGUAGGAGCUGUAUUGAGGGCUGCUGGGAUCAGGAUGUUCUGAAAGGGGUCUAUAGCUGUCCUCAGUGCAGACAGACCUUCAGUCCGAGGCCUAAUCUGAGUAAAAAUAACAUGUUGGCUGAGCUGGUGGAGAAACUGAAGAAGACAGGACUCCAGGCUGCUCCCCCUCCUGCUCUGUGCUAUGCUGGACCUAGAGAUGUGGCGUGUGAUUUCUGCACUGGGACCAGAAAGCAGAAAGCCCUCAUGUCCUGUCUGGCGUGUCUGGCCUCUUACUGUGAGACUCACCUCCAACCUCACUACGAAUUUCCUGCUUUGAAGAAGCACAAGCUGGUCAAAGCCACCGCACAACUACAGGAGAAGAUCUGCUCUCAUCAUGACAAACUGCUGGAGGUUUACUGUCGUGCCGAUCAGCAGUGUAUCUGUUAUCUGUGUACAAUGGAUGAACAUAAAGGCCAUGAUACAGUGUCAGCUGCAGCAGAGAGGACUGAGAAACAGAGGCAGCUGGGGAUGAGUCAGCAGAAGGUCCAGCAGAGAUUCCAGGAGAGAGAGAAGGAGCUGAAGGAGCUCCAACAGGCUGUGGAGUCUCUCAAGCGCUCUGCACAGGCAGCAGUGGAGGACAGUGAUCAGAUCUUUACUGAGCUGAUCCGCUCCAUUGAGAGAAGGAGCUCUGAGGUGAAGGAGCUGAUCAGAGCCCAAGAGAAGGAUCAAGUGAGUGAAGCUGAAGGAGUCCUGGAGCAACUGAAGCAGGAGAUAGCUGAGCUGAGGAAGAGAAGCACUGAGCUGGAGCAGCUCUCACACACAGAGGAUCACAUCCAUUUCCUCCAGAGUUAUCAGUCUCUCUCCAGUAUCAGUGUAUCUUCAGACUUACCCAGCAUCGUUGUCCGUCCUCUUCAGUACUUUGGAGAUGUGAGUAAGACUGUGUCUGAACUGAGAGAGAAACUAGAAGACUUCCUUAAAGGAGAAUGGACCAAGAUCUCCACUACAGUGAAUAUAGUGGAGGUUGUUCUGCCUCCAGAGCCCAAGACCAGAGAACAGUUGUUACAAUAUUCCUGUCAGCUCACACUGGACCCAAACACAGCACACACACACCUCUCUCUGUCUGAAGGGAACAGAAAGUAUCAUUGAUCAGCUCGGCCCUAAUUGAUGUUUCUCUGUCACCUGGAGCUGCAUGGAAAAUGGUCCAGGAACAAAAGGACAAUUCAGGACUAGUCAGCCCACUACAAGCUGGUAUCACUUACUUUCUACUAAACUAUAUGGACUGGUUUCCCAGACACAGAUUAAUCCUAGUCCUGGACUAAAAAGCGUGUUCAAUGUAGAUGUCCAGGAAACCGGCCCUAAAUGUGUCAUCUUUCAUCCUCCCAUACUGCUCAGUCCAGCAACAUUAAACCUGUCCAGCAGGUGGUGCUAUUGACCAAACAAUAAAACCAGCAGAUAUCUGGACUUGCCACUCAGUAUAUCAGUAAUGUUCAGAAUAGUACUUUAAUAUCAUUGGAGAUUGAUGGUCUUUUUAAUCCACUA